UUUUGUAAUUCGUCAGGUAUAUAUUGUCAAUAAUUACGAACGAUUAGUAGUAGGUGUGGUAGCGGUGAAUCUUCCAUCAUGAUUUCUUUCUUCAUCUAUUUGGGUCUUGUCAGUUAUGUCGUUUCAAGCCCCACGAUAAAAUCCUUGGAGGAUCUCAAAAUCGUUGGAGGUGAGAGUAUCGAAAUAACUGAUGCACCAUACCAGGUGUCUUUAGUGAGGAGGGGCAGACACUCUUGUGGAGGAACCAUCGUCGCUAAAGACAUUAUUGUCACUGCUGCUCAUUGUGUUAUGGGAACAUUCCCAGAGGAAUACCAAAUUCGUGCUGGAUCAUCGUAUAGCGAGAAGGAAGGUCAAUUAUAUCCAGUUGGAGACAUAGUCUGGCAUCCUAGCUUUGAUUAUGGCAAAAUGGACAGUGACAUUGCCAUACUUUGGCUGUCAAAGCCUUUGGUAUUCAGUGACAAAAUAAGACCAGUAAAUUUAAUGGGAAUAGGCGAAGAAAUAAAUGAUGGCGCCGAUACGAUUGUAACUGGAUGGGGUAAUCUUUAUGAAAUUGGUGGCAUGCCAAGCACACUGCAGAGGGUAACAGUUCAGAAAAUCAAUGACGGAAUAUGCAAUAAUGCUUACAAACCAUUGUAUGCUAUAACUGGUCACAUGCUCUGCGCUGGUGCACUCGGAGGUGGAAAGGAUGCUUGCCAGGGUGACAGCGGCGGACCUUUAGUUCAUAAAAACAAGUUAGCUGGAGUCGUAUCGUGGGGUCUAGGAUGUGCCCGACCUGAAUACCCAGGAGUCUACUCCAAGAUCUCAGCUUUAAGAAGUUGGAUCGACGAAAACAUCUAUCAACUCAGAUGGAAACAUAUGUGGAGGAGUAUUUAA